AGUAGUAAAUCUGCUCCAGCUGAGAGGUGUGGGUUGUACAGUCUGUCACAGCAGAAUAAACGAUGAUAAAAAGCAGACUCUCAGAUCUGUUUGCAGUUUGAACAUGGAGGAGAGAGAAAAGAGCGUCCCAGUCAAACGGACCAGUUCAGAGCAGAGGAAGCUGCGUUCUCGUGAUGCGGCCCGCUGCAGGAGGAGUAAAGAGACGGAGGUGUUCUAUGAGCUCGCCCGCACCCUGCCGCUCCCACGUCGGGUCUCCACACACCUGGACAAAGCCGCCAUCAUGAGAGUCGCCCUCAGCUUCCUGUCACUGCACCGCCUCCUGCGACCCGCAGGUGAGGAUAAGAAAAUGGAGUCUGUCGAAGAGGAGGAGGAAGAGGAAGAUCCAAUGGACACCUUCUACCCUCAGGUGCUGGCCGGCUUCAUCAUGGUGAUGUCUGAGGAGGGAGACAUGAUCUACCUGACGGAGAACGUUGAUAAACACAUCGGUAUCACGCAGCUGGAGCUCCUGGGUCAGAGCGUUUAUGACUUUGUUCAUCCGUGUGAUCAGGAGGAGCUCAGAGACCUGCUCGCUCCACGUCCAGGUCUGAGUAAGAAGCCGCUGGCCGAACAGUCGAGUGAGAGGAACUUCUUCCUGAGAAUGAAGAGCACUCUGACCAGCAGGGGGCGCACCGUCAACAUCAAGUCUGCUGACUGGAAGGUCCUUCACUGCACAGGUCACAUGCGUCCCUUCAGCUGCAGCUCCACGUCGCCCCCCUCAGCCCGAGUCAUGACUCUGCUGUGUGAGCCCGUCCCUCACCCGUCCAGCGUGGAGUUCCUUCUGGACACACACACUUUCCUCACCCGCCACAGCAUGGACCUGCGCUUCACACACUGCGAGGGCAGGGUGAUGGAGUUGGUUGGAUACAAACCUGAUGAUCUGAUUGGCUGCUCAGCAUACGAGUUUCACCACGCACUCGAUUCUGAUCACGUCAACAAGAGUCUGCACACAUUGUUGUCCAAAGGUCAGGUGAGCACCAGCUGUUACCGUUUCCUGGUGAACGGCGGCGGCUUCGUCUGGGCGCAGACUCAGGCCACCGUCCUCUACAACAGCAAGACGUCUCAGCCCGAGGCCGUCGUCUGCCUCAACUUCAUCCUCAGCGCCGUGGAGCAGCCGGACGUCGUGUUCUCCGUGGAGCAGACUCGAAGCAGCCGCUUGUCUGAAGCUGAAGCUCACACGCCGCCUCUGUCACCGCAGGAUGUGGAGACUUCUGACAUCAGUGACUCUGACAGUGAGCGUCUACCUGAGGUCUCAGGUUCGAACCCCACCAGUGAUGUAGAUCUCUUCUCCAAACUGAGGGAGGAGCCGGAGGCGCUUCUUCAGUUGGCUCCUGCAGUCGGGGACGCCAUCAUCCCUCUGACAGGAGAUUUUGUUGAGCUGUCGUUCUGCAAUCCGUCCGGUCCGGACUCAGUGCCGGAACAUCCUCAGGAUCUGUGCACGCCUCAGCUGAGACAGCUCCUGUCCCCCAUCUUCAACUACAUCACUCCACCUUCAUCAUCAUCAUCACCAGCAUCAUCGUCCUCUGCAGCAUCCUCACCUCAACCUCAGCGGAGCUCCAGAGAGGUCGAGGGGAUGGAAAUCAGUGUGGUGGGGAAGUUCUUUGCUGUUCAUUCAGAAGACAAGCAGAAAACAGAAGAGGUCAAAGAGGAGAUGGAUCUGGAAAUGUUGGCUCCUUACAUCUCCAUGGACGACGACUUCCAGCUCACCGUCGUCAGCAGCAGUUUGUCCGAGGAAGCUGCAAAACCUUCGUCACCAUCCUCGUCUGAGCGGACGGCUGUGACGCCUUCAGGCUCCGGGAGGAGGAAACGGACUCAUGAUGCAGACGAGGAGAUGCCAUCCGAGCUGAUGAUUCAGGGAAAGAGACAGAAACAGGAACCCUCAUCUAUAGAAGAGGAACUUCUCCUCAGCCACAGACUGCUGGACUGUCUGGAGGAAACGGACCAAUCAGAUCUCGUCCUGCAGGCGGGGUCAGGUGGGCGGAGUCAGCUGCUCACGGACAGAGACCCUCUGUUAGGGGGCAUUCAGGGACUCUGUGAUACUGCAGCUCUGAUGAGGGACAUAUUCUCACCUCGUCCUCCUGACCCGUCUCCGUCUCUCCUGCUCAUGACUUGAUCGAGCUUCCUUCCAUCCUGAGCUGGAACUCCUGAGCAGCCGCAGAAGUAAAGCUGAAUCCGGCUGCAGACACGUUAACCUGAGCGCACACAAACACAGCACGCCACCGUCAUGUACGCACACCCAUGUAUACUCGUUAUGGUCCGUCUGAGAGGAGCUUCUGAUACUUUCAAAAGAUGCAAAAACCGAAUCCUGUAUGAUCCUGUAAAUGUAUUUCUCCGUGCAGCUACGAAACAUCAUCACAGUUUAUCGUCACAUUAUCUGUUUGGUGCAGGAUUUCCCACAAUGCACUGCUCUGACUGAUUGAAAUCACGUUUUCCAAAUCACACCUACAACAAAACCUGCGAUUAUCAGUGGCAACAUUUCUUUCAGUGGCAUUUUUUAGUCUUUUUCUACCUGUUUGAAUACUGAACUCACCGGAAGAUCAACUCUGAGCUGUUAUUACUGUGAUCAUGUAAACCCUGAGUCAACAAUCACUCUGUUUAUUUAACUUCCCUGAAGUUUGAGCCGGGCGGGGAUGAUGUUAUCUCUCACCCUCCUUGAGCUGAAGAGAGGUGAUCAAUCACCGAGGGGCUAAUCUUUACUGACGUGAGAAUCUGAGUCUAAUCUGUACUUUUGACAUAACUUUGAAUAUCUAACCUGAUUAUAACGUGCAGUAAAAUAUGAAGUGUGCUUGUUUAAGGUCAUUAUAAAUGUAAACACUAUAAUCCAUGUAUUUGUGAUAUAAGAGAGUGUAACAGAUCAUGCUGAGAGCAGACAUGUUUGUUUUAGUGUUUGAUGGAAAGUGGAGGAAAGUUUAAUUCACCUGUUUUCUACACUUAAAGCCUCAAUACAUCUCAUUCAAUGAAACACUGUGUCAUAUCAGGAAAUAGAAACCUUCUCUGUGCCUUUAUCAUCCAGGAAGAGAUAUUUCAUUGAUGCUUUUCUGCAUCCUGUCCGGUUUGUUAACUCCAUGCAGGAUCUGCUCCGUGAGCUGGCAGAGAUUAAAAACUGACUUUGUUUGACUUCAAACAUUUCUUCUGUUUUCACUCUGAAACUAAAUAAAUGAUAUUAAACUGAA